AUGGCGGCCGUCAGGCGAGGUGAGCUCAGUGCUGCUAAGGCGCCGCUGUUAACGCCAGGGCGAGUGAGGGGAGGCAGGCCCGGUUCCCCUAAUCAUGCGCGCGGCUCCAGAGCCUGGUGACGAGGCUGCCGGUUGCUCACUGGGCUGUGUUGGCCUUGCCUGGUAUUAGGUUUCCAUGGCAACAGAGAAGCAAAAAAUGCGCGUUCUUGCUCGGAGUGGCGUUUUAUUCCUUAGUAAACGAGGCUCAGAUUGCAACCCCGCAGUCCGUUCUUAAGUACGUCCACGCAGGAAUUUCUCUGCGUUUUGUAAGUGUUCGUGAUUAGGGCUUAGGUGUCUAGUUCUCAUUGAGUUGGCAAGUCUCUUAAGCAGAGCGCUGUCGCCUCUGACUGGGGCGGAGUGUUAGCCUGAUUGAAUGCUUCUCCUCCAUCGGCACCCUCCAACAUAAAAUUAUUUUACAUAGGAAACUAGAUAUCAGAGUGAAAGGUUGUGUUUCAGCUUAGCCUUUUCCCUGACAUUUCUUUUCUACAUGGAGAGGAUUUUCGGUAUCGAGAAGUAAUUCAUUUAAUUGCAAAAGCCUCCCACAGCCAGAAUUAAAUCCGUAUAGUCCAGGAGUAGUGAGCCUUCGGGUCAGAUACAGCCCUCCUGUCCUGCAGCUAGCCUUGGGCACCCUCCCCAGCCCACACCCCUUACAGAGGCACUGCUCUGCUCUCUCCUCUGGUGUUGCUGGUUGUUUUUUUUUUUGUUUUUUUUUGCCUCCCUGGAAUGUGGCCUUGAACUGUGGCUGCCUGGAUCGAAAGGUGUGUGUGUUUGUGUGUACACAUGCACACCCCUAGCUUUUGUGUGUCUGGAAUGCAGCCUGUACAAAAGUGAGAGUCCUAGCUGUUGCUCCGCCCGUUUUCGCCUCCUGCCCUGCCAACACUGGUGUCCUGGCCCUGGAUGGUUCUAUAUGAGAGAAAAAGCUGAAAAAGGUUCCCCACCCCUAGCUUAGACACAGGUUUGCCACCUCAAGUAACAACAGAGCCAAAAUCUCAUUACAUUAAAUGGAUUUUUUUCUCCCUAGUAAUUGUGAUCAGGCCUGCAGCUUUUUGAAUGACUAACGGGUCUGCUUACUGUGAGCUUUCAUAAGUGAUGAAGUAGACUGUUGCCUACAGCAACCAAUGCUUAAUCAUCCAAUUAUUCUAAGCAGUUUUGACUUUCGAAGUACGCAGAAUUAUUGGAGAGCAAAAAUGUACAGUAGUGUGGGAGUGGGGAACGCUAUGGUGCUCCAGGUUCCCCACCCCUGCACUAUUUAAGCACUCAAGCACUCACCAUCCUUAGCUGUUGGCCAUGUUGGUUGGAGCUGCUUGGAGUUGGGGAAGGCUGAUGUAUAGAUUACUGGACAUACCUGGGAUCUUGGUCCAAAUAUGGGUGACUUUGAGCCCACUGCUGUCUGUCAUAAUAAUAACCUAAUUCUCAGGUUAUUGUAAGGACAAAAGGGGUGGGCUAGAGGAUAUGUACACUCAGGGAGCACAGGGGAGAAAAAGUGGGAUGAAUAUGUACCCCCCCAAAUGAAUUGUAUUUGUGGGAAAUGCCCCUCUACUUACUGGAUGGGAUGCCACAUUUGUCACUUCAGAGCAGUCAAGAGUGACCACACAUUAAUGGCUGUGGGUCGAAUCCAGCAAAGGCACUGCAUGAGCAGAACAACUUUGAUUUGUGUAACAGAACAUCUCCCUCUCCUACAACUGAACACUCCCCCAAAUUUGCUCUGGAGGGCUGGUGGGAGGGAACCCUGAGCAAAUGUGGGAAUGGUGUGGAUGGAGGGGAUGCUCUGCUGCAUGUGUGGAAGUUUCUCUUACAUUACUUUGUUGGUUACAACCCUUAUUACUCUUAGCCCUUUAUUUUUGCAGUUUAAUAUGGCUGCUUCACUAUAUUAGGUGCUUGGGGGUUCACAAAAAUAAUUUGGCCAAUAACACAGGCAUUGUGAUUCUUACUGGGAGUGUUUCUGUGACCAUGUACUUUAAAUACAUGGGGUGUGUGUGUAAUAGUUAUGGGUUGGAGGGCUGCAGGUGGCAUUAGUAAUGUAAUGAAUAAUAUAAACUCUCAUGUGGGACAGUUCACAGAGAUAUGUAUUAUUUUUUAAAGUGGCAUUCAUCAGACUGUAGAUGUUGGAUUAGAUGGAGAGGGUAUCCAUACCAAUCAGUUGCUUAAACAUAGUGUACCAGAGGCUAUCUUACAUUAAAUAUAAUUUCAGGCUACACCUCCAUCUUACAGUCAUGCCCACAUCUUAUGAAUUGUUUGCACUAUAAAGUGUAACUUCAACUACAUCUAAAGGUUUAUUUUGUUUCAACCUGAUUUAAAGACUGACUUAGGCUCCUGUUGUUCACAGACUUAGAAACCAUAGCAUGCUUAAUUCACUAGAGGGGGAUAGAGAACUGCUUUGUGUAACUAGUUUAUACAUCAAGCAUUUUAUGUAAGCCUAAUAAUGUAUGACAGUGAUGAAUAACUGAAUUCUUUAUGUCCUUCCUAGCUUUGUUACUUCUUGCUUUAAAACAUAACAUUCUGAUCAGUUUUAGACUUUAGUUCUAUAACCUCUGUGCAUGUUUGUGCAGAAAUAAGUUCCAUUGUGUUCUUUAUGGCUUACUUCAGUAGUGUGUUUAAGACUGUAGCCCUAAACUGAAAAUAUGCCCAAGAUGACUUACCGUAUUUUUCGCCCUAUAGGACGCACCGUCCCAUAAGGCGCAACUAGUUUUUUGGGGGGGAAAUAAAGGGGAACAAAUUAUUUUCCCCCCAGGCGCGGGGCUGGGGCGGGGGAAACCCGAGCUUCCCCGACCCCAGCCCCCAAACAGGCAGCUCUCUGCAAGCCGUGGGAGCCCAGCGCUGGCUCCCGCUGCUUGCUGAGAGGUCCGCGAAGCCUGGACGCGCUGAGCGCUCCCGCUGCUUGCGGAGAGGUCUGCGAAGCCUGCAUUCGCCCCAUAGGACGCACACACAUUUCCCCUUCAUUUUUGGAGGGGAAAAAGUGCGUCCUAUAGGGCGAAAAAUAGGAUAAGUGGUUUGUAAAUUGCAGCAUUAUCCUUGCAGGGAGUAGGGGUGGUAUGAAAUAGAUCUUUCAGCAUUGUGUUUACAGCUUUGAAGUGAGCUGUUCAUGUUCUAACUGGCUACUGUCAUAGCUUAAAUUGUUUUCCCAGUAGCUUUGAAAAAAAGUCAUUUCUGCUGUACAACAUGUAUUCAGCCAUUCUUAGGUUUUUAAUCUUUGGUCCCAAAAUUAUAGACUCUGCUAAUUAUUAUUUUUGUCUUAUGUACAGGAAGAGCAACAUCUGUUGUAUCCUUUCUCAUUCAUUCAGAUGAUGAAAUAAUUUUGCUUCUUUCUAUCUGUGAUUUUCAUAUGUUUUAUGUGAGUGCUUCUUUGGGGUUCCUCAAUGAGGACUAAGGACUGUCAAGCAUGUUGCAGAAUAUGAUGCAAUGCAGGUAUUCAGUAGCAAACAAAUUGACAUGGGGAAUACUACUUGAAGACAUCUGAAGGCAGCCAUGUUUAAGGGAAGUUUUUAAUGUUUGAUGUUUUAUUGUAUUUUUAAUACUCUGUUGGGAGCUGCCCAGAGUGGCUGGGGAAACCCAGCCAGAUGGGCGGAGUAUAAAUAUAUUAUUAUUAUUAUUAUUAUUAUUAUUAUUAUUUAAUUAAUUAUUAUUAGUAAUUAUUAUUAUUACUGAAGGUGGAAAGUUUUAAAACUGCUGUUAUGUUUCAUUAUACUCCGAUAAGUUUUAGUUUGUAAAUUCAUAGUGAAAUUUGAGAUAUGUGAAACUAGUAUAUGUUGUCACUAAGUACUAUACUAGAACUUGAUUACCGUAAUCUAUAGUUUGGGAAACUAAGAAAUGAAAUGAUCAGAGUGGUCUCUAUAAAAUAGAGUUGUAUCCAUUGAUCUUACUCAGCUGAUGAAAAGGGUUAUAUCCGCAGAAUGGAUCAGGAAGCAAUUUUCUUUGAUUUCUCCUAUCACUGCAGUCAUCCCCCCCACCAUGUCCACCCAAAUCUGCUCUGGAGGGUCCCCCAACACUCCAGACACAUGGGUAAUACAGUUUGUAUUACAAGUUCCCCAAAAAGCAUUCCAGUCUUCAAAUAUUUCUGCUGCUACAAUUCCUUCUCAUUACUUCAGUCUGAAGAAUGUGAAUACUCAGUUCUGUUUCAGUAGAACUGACAUCCACUCCACAAGCUGGAAUGUAGCUAUUACCUGUAGGUCUUUUAUAGUGCAGUCCUAUGCAUGCCUACUCAGAAAUAAGUCUCAUUCAGGUCAGUGGGACUUAACUAAAUGGGCAUGGCUCCUUCAGAUUCAUUCUUUCAAAUAAAUAUUUGACUGUGUAUGAGUGUGCAGAGUUCCUACAGGCAUUGUUUCCAAGAGCAAGUACCUCGCUUUCAGUAAUUCAUGUGUUCCAGCAAGACUGGUGUAUUUGCUUUUUUCUGUAAAAAUAGAAAGGGACCGUCAAAACAAUGUAGAGAAAGCACACUUCAGCUGUUUAAGCAUUGCUCUGUUUUGGAAGGUUGACUCCUUAUGUGCUGCUGUUGGAUUUAUAGAACUGAAGAAAACUGACAGAAAUCAACAAUUGUUUGAGUUUGUGCACUUCAGAUGUCCUUCAGGAAUUUAUAAGAUAAGUAAAGGAAGAAGAGGUAAAAUCAGUCAUGGUUAAGUGGGCGAAGGAUUUUGUUUACAAUAUACAAAUUGUGGAAUGGGAAAAUUUAUGGAGUAGGGAUUUGAAAUUCAUAGCUUGCUUCACUAUAAAAGAAAACUUUAUGAAGAUGCUAUACAGGCCAUACCCCCAGCAAACUGUCCAAAAUGUACAGAACCAGCUCAAUUUUAUGCUGGAGGUGUAGAGAGUUAGAGGGAACGAUGUACCUCAUAGGGUGAGGUUGCAAAAAAAUAAAGAGCUUUUGGGAACUUAUAUAAAAUGAAUUUUUAAAAAAACUGUUCAAAAUAAUGUUUAAUAAAAAACCGGAAGCCUUUCUUUUAGGCAUAAUGGCAUCAGACGUCCCAAGAGGGAAAGGAAGGAUCUUUUUGCAUGUAACAACAGCAGUGAGGAUGCUGAUUGCCAAGGGGUAGAAAGGAGAUAAAAUUCCAUCAAAAUAGGAGUGGCAAGUAAAACUGUUUGAAUAUAUGGAACUAGCAUAUAUGUCGGAAAAGAUCAGAGAUCGAUCAACCCAAAAGUUUGAAAGGGAAUGGGAGAUUUCAGACAUUAUUUAAAAGAACAGUGUCCCCAUAUAAAAACUUUAGAAUGCUUUGAAUAACUGUCGGAAUUGAAUAAGGUAUAAAGAACACAAACAAGUUUUAAUAAAGUUCAAGCUUAUUGAAUAAAUAGAGGCAAGUAAUUAAGGAAACAAAGAACCCAUAUCAAGGAAGUCGGAAGUUGAAAGCUGGAAUAUUUUUGUGCAUUCGCGAUGUAUUCUAUUUCUUUUUGUUUGUAAGAGAUGUAUUGUCUUUCUUUUGUUCUCUUUUCUUUUUCUUUUUCUAAGCUUCCUUCGUGUGUAUGUGUUGAUUUUAAACCAAUAAAGAUUGAAUUUUUAAAAAAAGUAAUUUAUAAGAUAACCAUGAUGUUAUCAACUUAUUCACUUUAUACUGGGUUAUUCCCUACCUCUUAGUGUGCAAUUAGCUGAGAUUUUCUUAGCAUGAUAGCGUGAGUUGCAUUUCCCACUUAAAACCUUGCUUAUAGAUUACCCCUGAACCUGGGCUCAGCAUGGUUUAUACAUUUGGAUGGAGAAAUGGAACCCAAAGUGCACACGUGGUUCUCAUUGCCAUGAAUGGAAUGGCAAAACCCUCCACAUGUGAAUCAUUUACUCUCCAUUAUCAGUCCCCUCUGCUAGAAUGCAGCUCAGCUCACAGUUUGGGUUAAGCAAAAUACCACAGAAAUCUUUGGAAAGUACAACACAAACUCUUACGUCAGGAGUUCCUACGUCAGUCUGUGAACCACCACAAGCUUCAUUCAGGUGCUCCAUGGCAUGUCAGUGGAUUUUGCAGUUGGAGAUGGUGCAUCCAUCAGAUUGAAUAUGCCUGUUGAUUUUUAAUUGCAUUUUCAUUGCUUAUUAUAUUUCUUAUGUUGUAUUUCAUUGUAUUACAAUUUGAAUUCUAUGGAGUUACAAUUGUUAGAAGAAGCAGAAAAAUCAUUAAACCAUUAUCAUUUCUUCAUAGGAGGUAUGGCAGAAACCUUAGUUUAUCCUGACCUAGAUUGCUAUUAAGUUCUGUGACACAUUUCAGUCUAUAAAAUGCAAAGCAAUUUAUUUUUCCUCACACCAACUCCUUGAGGAAGGUUAGGAUGUGGCAGAACAAUUGUGUUGAAGGCCACCAGGUGAGCUUAGUGAUUCAGUAGGGAGCUUCCAAACCCAGUCCUAAUGUGCUUCAGGGUUACAGAUCUGAUGAGCCAGCUGUCAUGAGCACUGCCAUCUCAAGUUUUUCUGAUCUCGAUCAGUAGACAUUGCAAGUUUAAUGGGUGGUAUUUAAACUCAGUUUUUCUGGAUAUAGAUCCACCGAAAUUAACAAACCUAACUUUUAGUCAUGUUCAUUUCAGUGAGUCCACUCUGAUUAAACCUUAGUUGAAUACUAGUCAAUAAAAUUCAAGUAGGUAGUUCUUCUUACAACUAGAAUGGUGCUUAAAAUAUUUAGUGUGUUGGAAUCUUAAGAUGCAGGAUGGAAUUAGAAUAGGAAUUUGACUGAGCCAGGAUUGAAAAGUCCUGGGUAUUCCCAGUCCAUGGCCAGUAAUAUUAUUUUCUAAGACUUUUGAGGACUGAAAUACCAGUGUACAUUAUUUUGAAAGUGCAAAUAACCCAGCAAAGGCUUUUGUCACUUGAAAAUUCAUACUCCAAAUCAUACAAGAUUUUCAUAAAGCCACUGCAGGAAUAGUCUUCCUCUUAAUGGACUGUGAAAGUUAAAUUGCCUUUGAUCUUGUUCUCAGCCUUCAUAAAAUCCCGUAGCUUGAACAAAUAGUUUUAUACAGAUACCCUUUCAAGAACUUUUUUUAACUUUAACAAGACCUUCUGUAUCAACAGUUUUCACAAUAAAUGUUUCAUCUAAGGCGUACAUUGCCAUACCUUGAGAGAGCGCAUAGCUCUAUAGCAGUCCACAUGCUUUGUAUGCAGGAGGUCCUUGGUCAACCUCUAGUUAACAGCAUCUCAACUAACAGGGCUGAGAAACCCCUCUCUAUCUAAUACCUUGGAGUGUUGCUGUCUGAAGUGGGGGACGGGACACGGGACAUGAUUUGAUUGUUUUAAAACCAAUUUCCUUGACAGAAACUGCCAGCUGUCAUCUGUUCCCUUACAGAUCCUUUUCUAUUUAAAUGUAGUUUAUUAUAUAUUUUAUUUUUUAGCAACCCUGAUGAUUAUUAUUUAUAAAAGUAAGUUAAUUCAAAUACACAGUUAAAAUAGCUGUAUUGUGGACCUCUUGUUACUUGUCUUUUUUCAUUAUUUAUACUUUGCUCAUUGGCAGGUCAGGUUUUCACGUAUCCAGAUGAUUUCUUAGCUCUUGAUCUCAUAUUGCUGUUCAUUAUGGCAGUUCUUGAAGCAAUCAGGCUAUACUUUGGUAAGUUGGAUAGCAGCAUGCACAGUAGAAUCAUUGUUAAAUAUUAAUCCUUUGGUAAGCAUACAUGUCGAAACAUGCUGAUUCAUGACACCUAACCAAUUACUUUACAACACAUUUAAAUACUUUUAAUGUUAAACAUUAAAAUGGCUGGCUGACCUACAUGGGUAAAAGUGCAAAUGAGACUUUGCUAAAUACUAGUUAAAUAAGGGAUAUAUUUGUCAAGGUCACACUCCAGUCAAAUGCAUGUUUGCCUGGAUGUAAGUUCCAAAGUAAGAGUCUAUCAGUUGCAUCCUAAAAGAGGGCAAUUUUACUAAACCAUAAAAAUCAGGAGCAGAGGCUGUGCUCAGGGGCAUAGGAAGGGGGGGGGAGUGGAUCACCCCAGGUGCCCUCACUGAGGGGGGUGACAUUCAGCCUGCCUGCGACUCCCAAGCUUACCCUGAGCUAUCAGAAUGGGGGGGAGCUGCACCGCUUUGCCAGUGGCAUUCCCCCCUCCCCCUUCGUUUUGACAGCUUGGGGGAGGUUUGGGAGUCGCGGGUGGGCAGCGCGCUGUUUGCUUGCCACGGGUGGCUCACUCCACCCCCGUCUGCAGGGUGCGCGCGCCACUCUGGGCAACCGAGUGGCUAUCCUCCGCACCACACCCCCCCCCUUGGGAUUGCGCCUGCCCUGGGCAGCGCGGGCAUAUGCUCCACCACUGGCUGUGCUGUGCCAUCACUGUCCUACCAGUGGCACCACUGCCACUUGCUAGGACAGAGAGAUUGAGUCUGUAUCAGUUUAGUGGCAGAAGCACCAAAUUGGCUUUCACCAGUGUGCCCACACAGCCCUGCCCAUGUCCCUGCCCUGCCCUUCUUGGUAAGUAGAUGGAAUGCUGCUGAUAGGAGGGGGGAUGCAGCAACAGCCCCACUACACUAGGUGCCCAUGGUAAAAUGAGAGUACAGUGGUGCCUCGCAAGACGAAAUUAAUCCGUUCCGCGAGUCUCUUCGUCUUGCGGUUUUUUCGCCUUGCGAAGCACGGCUAUUAGCGGCUUAGCGGCUAUUAACGGCUUAGCGGCUUUAAGAAAAAGGAAACAAACUCACAAGACGUUUCGUCUUGCGAAGCAAGCCCAUAGGGAAAUUCGUCUUGCGGAACGACUCAAAAAACGGAAAACUCUUUCGUCUAGCGAGUUUUUCGUCUUGCGAGGCAUUCGUCUUGCGGGGCACCACUGUAUUGCUGGGUUCUGUGGAUCAUGGUGGUUGAAAAGGGGAAGAUACAAUGAAAAGGAAGGCUCUGCUUCUCAGCUGCAUCAUGGCUAUAUCAGCACAAAAGCAGUGUAAAAGGGAAUAGCACUGGUAUUUCUAUUAUAAACUCCAGUAUACACUGUGUUAGCCUCUGAAGGCUCUCCUGGCCCAAGAAUCAUCAUACCUAUCAAACUAGGUGGGUGCAGCUAGUAAAAGGCCAUUAUAGUCGCUUUGAAUUUGGAUUUUUGUGAGCUAUCACAUUCAUCAUUUGUCAAUUGUGCGUGUGUAUUUUUUUUUUAACUUUACUAGGUACCAAAGGGAAUCUAACAGAAGAAGAAUAUCCAUUGGGUAUCAGUCUUGUGAUCACUGCUGGCAGCAUAAUCCUAUCCAUCUACUUUCUGGUGUGGCAAACAUAUGUCCUGCGAGCAGAUGUCAUCAUUAAUGUUGUACUGCUUGUCACAUGUGGACUGGAAGCAAUCCUGCAAGUCAUAGCCAUUGCUGCAUUUGUCAGCUAACUCAUGCUGCUAUCUGUGGUAAACCUAUAUUCUGUAUUUUCUUUUUUAAAAAGCAAUACAGAUUUUUAAUUGAUCCUUGUAAAAAUACAUGGGCUUGAUGUUCUCGCGCAUAAACACUAUCAUAACUGUUCUUACUACACUGCAAAGUUCCAUGAGGCCAUCAUAAACUAACAUGUAACACAUUCUGCAGGGUUAUUCUUAGCAUAGCUUAUUUAGUGGUGGUCUCUGUUUGCAUUGAAGUUUGGAGUUAAAUGUUGAUACUCAAAUCAAGGCUGAUCUACGUUUUUGGUGGCAGACAAGCUUGCUGUCCUUUGCCUGACUUUGGUGAGCACCACAUUGUUUCAAGGAAAACAUGCUUCUACAAAUGUAGAAAUUCAUGCUGUGGACAUAUCCCAGGGAUUACCCACAGUUCCCCAGUGUGUGUAUACCAUAUGAUUAGAGGCGUUGACCUCUCGUUCCUUGGAAGAUACACGGUAAAUAGGUAGCAAUAAAGUGCUUCAUAAAGCUUGAAUCAUCUCUCAAAAUAAAUAUUAGCCAGACCCUUGUGAUUAAUUUUUGCAGCUCUUUGAGGUGAUUACUCAUUUCAGUGGUCUUAACAGUGGAAUCAGUGAAACUAAAUCACAUGUUAUUGUACUGUAUCAGACCAUGCAUAAGCAUUUAUAGUGAAAAUUUCAAAAGAAUGUAGCAAUCUUUUAAAAGUUGCUUGGAAACUGGUAUCUUAGCUGUACAUUAUCAUAAGCCUAAUUCCCAGUUAAAGUCAGAAUUACGGGUUUCUAAGAAUAGUUUUCAAAAUAUUUAAAGAUAUAUUUUAUUAAUGAAAGAGCAAUAUGCAGUGUUGCAUGAGCAGAUUCCCCCCUUCUCCUUUCCCAUGCAGCCCUCAUCCCUCCCCAGCUGCUCUAGUGGGUCACCAUAACAUUUCAGGGCAGGUUUGGGUAUGUGCAGGAGGACACAUCCUUACUUCACAAAUGGUGCCUGUUCCACCGGUGGACAAACACUGUUGGAUAUUACCUAAUGUAUUCUGCGGGUGGCGCUGUAGGUAAAACCUCAGUGCCUAGGACUUGCCGAUCGUAUGGUCGGCGGUUCGAAUCCCCGCGGCGGGGUGAGCUCCCGUCGUUCGGUCCCAGCUCCUGCCCACCUAGCAGUUCGAAAGCACUCUUAAGUGCAAGUAGAUAAAUAGGGACCGCUUACUAGCGGGAAGGUAAACGGCGUUUCCGUGUGCUGCGCUGGCUCGCCAGAUGCAGCUUGUCACGCUGGCCACGUGACCCGGAAGUGUCUGCGGACAGCGCUGGCUCCCGGCCUCUAGAGUGAGAUGAGCGCACAACCCUAGAGUCUGUCAAGACUGGCCCGUACGGGCAGGGGUACCUUUACCUUUUAUAGCACUUUUAUGUAUAAUGUCCAAUGUGGGUUUUCCUUCACCUAGAUUUAUAUUCUGUGUUGUAUCUUAGAACUGUUUUUUUCUACAAGAAAGCCUUAAGAAAGGUGUUAAAGAUUAUCAUAUUUUUAAAUUUGUAUUUAUGGACAGUAUAUAUUUCUAUUUUUCUAUCACUAAGAAUAAACAGACUUCAAGUCAUUCACAUUGAACAGAUACUAAUUGAGCUGAUGGGUAUGCCUAUUGUGGUUCAGUUAAGUUCCUCACAGUGGGAAGUGUAGAAACACUCCUUACACACAGUGUGAAGUAUGAUGUGAACCAGUUUUGUAUUCUCAUUUUGUAUUUUUCUGUUGUGAACCACCCUGGGUGGUAUACAAUUAAUAAUAAUAAUACAAAGUGUAAAAAUCUUGAAGAGAAGAGGGUAACUCUGGUGGGCAGAUAUGCUGAAUCUAAAAUAACAUCAUAUAUCAUGUUUCAGGUUCACUCCUGAAGCUUUGAUUUUAUUUCUUUAUUAAAUAAAAUCCAUAUACUGUUUGAUGGUUAAAAACAAAUAAAAACCUAGGACCUUAGAGCAGUUUACAAAAACCUUCUAGUCCCUGGAGUUCUUUCAAAUAUGUUUGCAGAUUGCUGCAUAAGAGAAUUGGCGCUUUGACAGGGCUGUCUGUCCAGAAAGUAGUGAGAUUUGAGAUAACAAACAUGUUGAUGUCAGGAUUUUGUAAGCAUUAUUAUUGAGCACAUCUUGCAUACAGCACCACAUACAAAGAGUUCUUUUGAAUUACCUUUUAUAUUCCAACACAGCAGAACAGGAUUAUCUAGUUUAUCAGAAUGAAUUCAGUUUCUCAGCCAAAAGCCUGUAAAUCGUAGUGAUGGUUGACUCCUUCCAACUCUCUAUGUACUGAGAAUUGGGUGGGUGGGAAUGUGUGGGAAGUCAAUGUUGACAUGGUGCUCCCCCACCCUUGAGUCACCACUCAUAGUUUGUGGUUAAUAAACUGAUGCAUAGUGAUGCACAUUUAUUUGCAUAUCUUUGGUGAUCCCCUUCACACCUACUUUGUACAUACCAAAGGUAAAGGGACCCCUGACAGUUAAGUCCAGUCACAAACGACUCUGGGGUUGCGGCGCUCACCUUGCUUUACAGGCUGAGGAAGCUGGCCUUUGUCCGCUCUGCAGACAUUUUUUCCAGGUCAUGUGGCCAGCAUGACUAAGCCGCUUCUGGCGCAAUGGAACACUGGAAUCAGAGCAGCGCACGGAAACUCCCUUUACCUUCCCUCCAGAGCGGUACCUAUUAAUCUACUUGCACUUUUUUUUGGCGUGCUUUCAAACUGCUAGGUUAGCAGGAGCUGGGACCGAGCAACGGGAGCUCACCCCGUCGCACGGAUUCAAACCGCUGACCUUUUGAUCAGCAAGCCCAAGGCUCAGUGGUUUAGACCACAGUGCCACCUGCUGUGUUAGUUAUUUAGUUAGUUGUAUAUACUAUCUCAUGCAAAAGGGAGAUCCUUAGCAUCAGUUAUUCACAACCUUAUCCUACAGCAUAGCAUGUUUACUUGAAAAUAUUUACUAUUAAGUUAAAUUGGUAUUUCACAUGAAUGUCAUAGGAUUGCAAUAUUACAAGAUCCCAUGACCACCCAGGACACAAAAUAAUGUUUCAGUUUUACAUUUUCCUUCUCAGUGGUAAAAUAACAUUGGCAAUAGCUCACUGGUCACCAUAUUCUAAAUGGAAUAAAAAACCCCCACACACAUUGGGUUGUAUCCAUUCGUGUCCCUCUGUGGCACUUUUUGAUCCAGUGGAGGCUUCUAUGAGUAGAAGAGGUGGGCCAUUUUUGUGAAUUCCUCCUUCUUACGAUUUUUUCCCUCUGAGGAAAGGUUGCAGCAUCUGUGACUUUUUAGUUUGGUGAAAAGGAGAGUAAGCGGUGACAUGAUAGAAGUUUAUAAAAUUAUUAAUGGCAUGGAUAAAGUGGAUAGGGGAAAGUUUUUCUCCUUCACGUAAUACUAAGACUUGUGGACAUCCAAUUAAGCUGAAUGUUGGAAAAUUCAGGACCUAGUUAAACCAUGAAGCUCUCACAGGAUGAAGUGAUGGAUACCAAUUUAGCUGACUUUAAAAGAUUAGACAAAUUCAUGAAGGAGAUGGGUAUUGAUGGCCAAUAGCCAUGAUGGCUGUGCUCUGCCUCCACUGUUGGAGGCAGUAAUGUUUAUGAAAACCACAGGAGUUUUUGCAGGCUUCUCACAGGCAUCUGGUUGGCCAAUGUGAGAACAUGAUGCUGGACUUGGUGGCUCACUGGCCUGAUCCAGCAGGCUCUUCUGUUCAUAUGUUUUCUUGCAGCCUGCUCGCAUGUCACCUCUCAUGCUGUUCCAAAGGGACCCCCAGGCCUCUGAAGCAGAUCUGAGGAAAGGCAGUUGGAUACAACCCAUUGUUUUGAAGUCAGUGGGUCUAUGCCCAUAGUUAGGAUUCCGGUUUAAUGUUAAUCAUAUAUAUUUCAGUGGGUUUAGACUGCCUUUAUAUGUUCUGUUUCUCCCAUGUGUCUACACAGCCACAUGUCAUGAACACACAUAGAGGAAGUCCCUAUAUGUUGGUGUGAGAUUGCCCAUAAUCAUUUUAACUGAGCUGCAGAGGUAACUAGUUCACUGCCUGAAUCUUUUUCUCUGCUACUCCUAACCUGCUGGAGGUAUUUGUUAGUGUUCAUGAGACCAUUUUUGUGAGCAUGAGCAUAAAUUGUCAUGGUAAAGUCACAAACAACAAUUGCUAAACAUGCUAGGCUCUUGGGAGUGUAUAAUUAAAAGGCCAAACCCUUCUGGAAACAGGAUGAGCAAGUUUUAAUGAAAAAUACAAUAAAAAUGAAAUGAGCACAUUUCCCCCCAGAAGUUGAGAUCAUUAUUUGGGUGGUGGUUAUGCCUCAAAUAAAAAGCACUUGUUCUGUACACAACUUGAGGUGGCUGUCAUCAGCUUGAUCUAAAAUUCUGAUAGCACAUUCAUCUCCUGGGAUUUAAUGCCCUCAGAUAUUUUGAGGAGAUAAGGCUACAUUGUUUCAGACUUUCUUUGCUUGUAAGCCCAACAAAAAUAAAAGGAAAUGAAACACAAAUAAAGUGCAUUCCUCAAGAAGUCAGCAUUUUUUUUGGCUUUAACACAAAACACGAUUAGUGUCCUUAAGGAACAACUUUGUGUUUGCUUCUUGUUAACAAGCUGUGUGAUAGCACUGCAAAGUCUUUACUUGCAGAAAAUAAGCACAUCACACUCCUACUUGGAUUUCACUUCUACAUUCACAAGCUGUAUGUACAUCACAUUCACAAUGAAACGUGGAAAACUUAGCACUUUUGCCAUGUGUUCUAACCAUAGUUGGGAUACUACAAAGUCUGAUUCAUUAUGUUACACUUUUUAGUAACAAUUUGUUUAAUUGUAAAGAAAUGUGUAUUGCCCUGUAAUCUGCUUCUAAGGCAAAAUGGCAUGUGCCUACAGCAGAAUGAUUUCUGUGCUUUCUAGAUUUCUUGUUCAUUGGUAGUUUUGUCUUGGCUUUUGCUGGCUAUUAAUUGCCAUAUUUUUGUCUAAUUCUGUCAAACGACUAUGUUCAGUGCUAGCUUUGUGCUUUGAGUCUGACAUUUUUAUAGUGCCCAAAAUGAAAAAAGUAUUACCUUUUUCUGUUUUUAGUCUAGCCACUAUACACUUUGAGAGUAGCCCAAAUCAUGAUGUACAAAAGUGCACAGAGGUGCCCCAAACGGAAGUAGCUGCUAAUUAGGCUAAGGGAUCCAGUAGUCCAAUUCUGCAUAAAGGCAGCAUAUUUUCUUGUUCAGAAGUCUGGACAAAAAUCUCACCACGCAACUAUUGUUUUAAGUGUUGCAUUGUGCAGGACUCCACUGGCAAAUUGCUGAGCAGGGAAAAUGCUCUUAAUCUUAUGCACGAUGAAGUUAAUUUCCUAGAACUUGAUGGGGCUUACUUCCGAGGAAGCACGCGCUAGCUUGAGCUGGGACUUCUGUUUGGGCACACAGUAUAUUGCUUCAAACCCUGGGUCCAUUUCAAGACCCCCGGAAGCCAAAGGAAGUGUUUCCACCCGUUUCAAACUGAAGAACAGAAAAGUACUUUAUCUACCCCAGCACCUCCCUUUUCCUGGUUUCCCUCUCCCUCCCUUGCAAGCCAGAGAGACAACCUAUCACUUCCACGUUAUUGAUACAACAAAACUGCUGAGCUCUAUACUGCGCUCGUUGGCAUUUGAGUCAGUGGCUGCGGGGGGGGGGGGGAUAUAUUCCGAGUCCCAAGUCCGUCCAUCUUGCUAAUGUUGGGUAAUCCGUGAAACUCUCUCCCUCUGCAUUUUGUUUCUCCGAGUUGGAGAGAUGCGUGUGGCCACACCCUCCAACUCGCGACAGAUUUUCCACCCUUGCGCUGCCAGGACAGGCCGAGCCCGGCUUAUUCUGGCUGGAUAAACAUCUCGCCAGACAGAGCGAGCCUGCCAGGCAGCCGCCAGCUCGGGGAGAGGCGGCUUGUGCCUUUCACAAACGUGGGUUUGUUUUCCCCACAGCGUCGCCAGGUUGCUCAUUUCCCUUCCCCAAACUGAAAGGGGGCGGGGAGAAGACGACGAAGGAGGAAAACCUGAAGCAAAAUCACCUCCUUUCUCGCCGAAGUCUCGGAGAGAAAGAAAAAUAAAGCCCCCUCUGCCGCCUGUCUCCACAGGCAGCGGCUCAGUCCUGCUUCUCCAACGUUGCACCAGGUGUCAGCAGAGAUACCCAACUCUGAGGCGCCCCGGCUCGGAGCCUCCUGGUUAUAUAGUAACCUGUUGCUUUUGGCCGGUGGCUCCACCUCUCCCUCCUCCUCUGCCUGGGCUGAGGGAGCGCUUCCACCUGCUCUCAGUGGAGCAGCGAGGUCUGCACGGGGAGAAAGGAGGGCGAGGAGGCGCGAGAAGAAGCGGGAGCCGUCACGAACGGAGAGGGUCGUUUCCUCUUCCCCAUCUCAGCCCCGGGCAUCGUUUCCCCUGGGCGGGAGGUCGGCGGUCACCUCAGGGAAGCCCUUUGCUGAGCCCAGCAGAGCAGGAAGCCCCAUGUUCAGAAUGGCAGGGAAGCUGGACUAAGAGGAAGGGAGCCGCUCAGUGGGGAAGGAAUUACGAGGACCCAGGAACCUGGGAGAGUCCAGCUGGCUUCUGAGGGAAAAGUAAGUGAAUUGUUGUUGUUUUUAAUUUCUCCCCCCCUCCUUCCCCGCCCUGCUCCCCAGCGUUUGACGACGAGCCUCCAAAGAAUAUUUCCCUUGCUUAAGGAAGGGAGUGUGUUUGGGAAGCGGAGGGCUGGUAAAAACUCUGGAAGAAGUUAGGGGGAGAAGGAGCAGGAUUUUCUCCAUGUUAUUUUGUGGCGUACUACAACAUCUCUGCCCAAAUGGGAAAGGUCCAGCAGGGAGUGCUGUUUUGGCAAAGGAAGACUCCUAGGUUAGAAAACAAAGUCUAGCUAUGCUAUCAGUUGCUCAGCUUCAUCGACACACUGCUAAGUUUAUUCCAAAGUUGGUUGGGUUUUUUUUCUCUGCUUUUAUGUCUGCUUGGCUGCACUUUUGUGAAGUGGACCUCAAACUCACGACCAUGGGAAAAUGUUGGUUGAGUUUUGUUUUUAGUUUAGUGAAAUUAUAUUGACUUGAACAUUUGGCAGUGGCCUGGGGGGGGUGUGUUGUUGCUGAAGUAUGGAAAAUACUGGUACCAAUUCUUCUCAAUAAAUGCAAGUCAUCUUAAUUUAGAGCUUUCUGAAAUGCUGCCUGAUAUUAAACCCUGGGAACUAAUCACUGCGUUGUCAGACAAGUGGGGCACUUGGAUAUAAUCGUUCCUUGGCUUUAAUUAGGGCAAUUUUGUAUAAUGUGCAGCAGCAGGAUUGCUUUUCCAUGCUGAGUAACUGCCUGGAAGUGUAAACAGAGACAUACCAGAUCUUUCUUUCCUAACUCACAAAUUUCAAGUUACUCUGCCGAGGGUCAUUGCUUAAUUUUUACAUUUUGUGCUCUGGAUCCAGUUCCCAAGUACAAAAGAGAUGCAAGAGAGUAUUGUUUAUUAACAGCACACUUGUAUUUCAUACACGAAUGUCACACGUCCUUUCAGUUCAUGCUAAUUGCUCAUACGCAUUUUGUAAGAAGUCACAAGUUAUGCAUUUGGAUGUCGUUCAAAAAUUACACUGAUGACAUGUAUUUGGGGAUUUGUGCCCAUGUACAAUGUGUAAAGAUGUCCUAAGAAGUUUGAUCCAUUCCGAACAUCUAGUUUUUUUGUGCUCACCACAUGACACUCUAUAGUCAUGUGAAUAGAAUGCCAUAUUAACAAGAGUUAUAAUUGCUCCAGCUUCCAGUUUACCAAAAUGUUAUGAACAUUUACAUAAAUCAGGUGGGGCUGAUGGGAGGCGUAAGCCAAAACAUCUGGAGGGCAUCAAGUUGGCAAAGGCUGUUUCACAAUAUUAGUGUGGUCUAGUUCUUCCAUUGUCUAGGGGAAAGGAUGGUCCACAUAGAAGUCCCAGUCGAUUGCUAAUUUAGGUUAAAAGGACCUGUUAUAAAACAAGAGGUUGGAAUCUGCUGGGAUUGUGAAAUGCAAUAGUGUGCGUGGAGGGGAGGAUAUAUCAGAGUGACCUGCACACUGACUACAAACAAAUCUUAGGGCCACCCCCUUCGUAUGCUACUGCAACAGUGUGGGAGCUGCUUCCCCAUGGCUUCAUCACCCACUGCCUUGCUACUGUCUGGAAGCCACAACUACAUGAUGUAAGGGUGGUGUGCAGCUCCUACCCAUCCAAUUAUAUCCCAACUGGGAGGAAGAGAUGGAAUUUGUUGGGAAUGGUCCAUAUGAUUACUUUUGGCACUAAGUAUUGCUGCAGCAGCCUGGGAAGAAGUUACUGGGCAGCCCUUAUUGUGCCACUGCUUUAAUGUGAAGGGUCUCUCUUAGGGUGAAUGCAGAUAACCAUGUCACCACUUGUUCACCCCAAUGUGUCAUUAAAUGUUCUUUACCACAUGGCAAGAUAAGACAAACAGGUGGUUUUAUCAGUUGGUUAGACGUACAGUGUGGAAAGGGACUACCUGGCAUUUGACCGUCUGACUCUUCACCUUGGAUCUUGCAUCACUCAUUCAAGCAAUAAAACUUGUUCAUAAUUCGUGACAGGAACUUAAGCGGGAAAUGUUUGUAUUUCAUUUUUUAAAAUAAUUUUUAUUAAUUUUCCAAUAAAAAACACCCUAUAUAUCCAAUCAUAAUCCAAUUAAAAUAAAAAACUAAAAAAAGACCAAAUUAUAAUUAUUAAUUUUUCGGAGCUCCCCAUGGUCUGGACCUCAGAAGCAUAUCUCCACAUCUCAGUUCCGCCUCUCCUUGUUGUUUCCAUAUUUUCCACAUCUCGAUUUUGAUGCUUUAAAAUUCUCCGUCCCUGGUUCCACGAUUCUCAAUCAUGUCAGACAUCAUAUGUCCUUUCAUCCGUCGAAUACAGCUUUAUUUGUAAGUAUAUAUUUUUCCAACUGCCUUUUUACCAGUGCAGCUUCCUCAGACUGCAUUCCAAUCCAGGAUGUUAUCCAAGUCUGUUAUCUGAAGUUUAAUGACGCAGCAACUCCCAGUCAUUAAUCCUUCCAAUCCAGGCUGUUGUCCAAACCUUCUUUUUGAGCUUUAAUGAAUCAGUACCUUCCACAUUAAAUUGUUGGGCAAAACUGUUUGAAAUGUUUUUAUAUUGAAGAGCUGAAUACAAAUUCAUUAAAAAACAACAACAACAGAAUUUCAGUUAAUACUAAACAUAAUAAGUCAUUAGAUCAGCAUCAGAGUGAGCACCCAUCCUGGUGCUACCAUUGGGAAUGGAACCCCCAAGUCCUGAAAGCUAUCCCACUCAAAGGAUCCAUACCUGUGGACUUUGGACAGAUGAAAAAAUGAACAUGGAAUUAUGAAAGCCAGAGUAGUCUAGACUUUGGACAGAUAAAAACAUGGUAAUAAAAUUAUGAAAGUGAGUGUUGAAACUGUCUUCAAAUCCCUGCUCAGCUUUGAAGUUCCCAGGUGGCCUUGACAAAUAAAUUUCUUAAUCUUAGUGCAUAGUCUGCAAAAGAAGACUGAGAUGAUGACCACCAAGCUGGCUACAUUUGAGAAAUACUUAUGGAAAUAUGAACAAUGGCUAAUAAUUAGUUGGGAUACAAAUGGAUAACACAGUAAUGAAUCUUUUCUAGCUUUUAAUCAGUGGUGAGCCAUAACAGGAAGGUGGGUUAGGUCUUUUUCUCCCCACCUCACAGCUAACUUUGACAGGUAGGUGGGACCAGGCAGCUGUCUUGUCAUCUGACAUCAUAAUUGUUCCAACAUAAUGAUUACAUUUUAAAUAAUUAUUAGGGGUCAUGUUUGCCUCCUUGGUUUUUAAAGCAAGCUUUUUAUGCCAGUUUGCUUUGUAGCUUUGAUAUCUAGAACCUUUUUUAAAGAUGAUAUGUUCAUUUGAGAAAUGUGUCUCUCAGCAUGGGGCUUUAAGAAAACCACAGAUGAUCAGUCUGUCUAUGAUGAGUAUUAGCAAAUCCCAGAUAAGAGAAUUUAAAUGGAUUUACACAAAAUGUACAGAUCUCUCAUACACCUGCACACUUUUCUCAUCCUAUCUGCUCAUUUCAGUGCACAUCAGCCUCGUUCUAAGAGUGGAGUGCAAGUCAUCAUUCAAAUAGGAUGGGUAUUGUGAUGUUUGCAGGUUUGAAAUAUAAAGUAUUCAAUUAACCCCAAAUGACAGUCAUGUGACUGUGAUGUUCAAUAUCUUUAUAAAUGACUUGGAUGAAGGAAUUGAAGGGAUGCUCAUCAAAUUUGCAGAUGACACCAAACUGGGAGGGGUAGCUAAUCCUGCAGAAGAAAGACAGAAUUAGAAUUCAAAAUGAUCUUAACAGAUUGGAGAACUGGCCACAAGCUAACAAAAUGAAUUUCAAUAGGGACAAAUGUAAGGUUCUGUCCCUAGGCAGGAAGAACCAGAUGCACAAAUAUAGGAUGGGGGACACCUGGUUUACUAGCAGUACAUAUGAAAAGGAUCUAGGUGUCUUGGUGGACCACAAGCUUAACAUGAGUCAACAGUGUGAUGCAGCAGCAAAAAAAAGCUAAUGCUUUUCUAGGCUGCAUCAACAGAAGUAUAGUGUCCAGAUCAAGGGAAGCAAUAGUACCACUCUAUUCUGCCUUGGUCAGACCACACCUGGAAUGCUGUGUCCAAAGUAUAUUGACAAACUGGUACGUGUGCAGAGAGGGCAACCAUGAUGAUCAAGGGUCUGGAAAGUAAGCCUUACUAGAACUGCUUGAAGGAGUUGGGUAAGUUUAGCCUGGAAAAGAGGAGACUGAGAGGAGGGAUGAUAGCCAUCUUCAAAUAUCUUAAGGACUGUCAUAAGGAAGAGGAAGCAUGCUUGUUUUCUCCUGCUCUUGAGGGUAGACUUGAGGCAAUGGCUUCAAGUUACAAUAAUUUAGAUUCUGAGUAAACAUUCGAAAAAACUUUCUGACAGUCAGAGGUGUUUGGCAGCAGGACAGACUCCCACGAGAGGUGGUGGACUCUCCUUCCUUUGUGGUUUUUAAGCAGAGGUUGGAUGGCCAUCUGUCAUGGAUGCUUCAGCUGAGAUUUCUGCAUUGCAGGGGGUUGGACUAGAUGAUCCAUGGACCCCUUUCAGCUUUAAGAUUCUAUAAUUCUAUGACUGCCACAAUUAGCCACCUCACCACUAGCCCCUUUUCAGUGUAUGUAGUUGAUACUAGUGUUUGGAAAACGUGGUUGUGUGUCAUCAGCAAUGCCUUCCACUGUGUUAGUGUUCUUUUUCUGUACAGAUACAGAAACAAGAAGCAAGUUUGUGCCAAGCUCCAGAGACAUUGCCAGCUCUUGCCAUUUUCUCACUUGGCUUGUAGUUUUUGUUUAAAAGGUAUACAAAUUUCAGUUAAUCCAAGUUAUCACCCUUGAAGGCUUGGAUGAAAGCUCUUCUCACAACAAAUGACACAUAGGUUUUAUUAGUUUUGUGAAUGACAGUAGUAGUCAGGUGGUUAAAAACUGUCCUAUCAAUGCAAGCUAUAAUAUGUGUAAUAUUUGCAGUGUGUCCAGCUGUUCCUCUUCAGAAGCAUAUUUAGUUAAACUAGAAAGACUGCCAGGGCUCAACAAUAGAGGAAGCCCAUUUUGCUGGGUCCAAACCAUCAAGAAAUUCACCUACCCAAGCCCUGUUUAUUGUUCAAGAAAACUAAUUUCAGUAGAGCUUACAGAGGCAUUACAUCCCACUCAUAUUAAUGACUCAGAAAAUCAAGAGAGCCAGGGUGUAACAUGUAGGGGGGGGGGGAGCAGGGGGGGGGAGAGACAUGGGAGGAAAGCAUCAUAAACAUAUGUCUUUUCAGGUUCAGCUUCUGUGUUUAAUGGCAGGUCAAGCAAUAUGGCCAGACUCUAGGGUUCUGCCUGUCUGGCCCCUCUGUCUUUACCAGAGGGUUGACACAGGCUGCCCUUGUGGCAGUGGUUUUGUAUUGGACACACCUCCUUUUCUUGUCCUAUUUUCCCCUGCAGUUUGCAUAACAUUUUUAGAUCCAGCCCUUGAGGGGAAAUCUAAUUGCAGAACAUUGAUUUUCUGCUGACUUCUCAUUAUAGAGUGGCCCUAUUAGCAGUGGUGGGAUUUGCCUUGGUAGCUUCUAAAGUCCAAGCCAAUUUUCCACCUUCUCAGUAGUGCAAUAAAUUGGUUAAAUUUAACUGCUAUUGUGAAUAUCUGUUUUGUCGUAAUUAUUACUGCUUUACUACUUUCUUCUCUUGCUGUAUGACUCCUUGUUGGAACAAUAAUGACUGGCUGACAUGGAGGAAUCAUCAAGGGAAAUGUCUCAUGGGCUAGAGCUAUGCAGGAGAUAUGGAGCUAAAUAUGAAGGGGUCAACCUCAGGGUGGCCAGAUUAAAAAAGAGGACAGGGUCAUGUAGAAGCAACACCUGCUGGAGCUAGUGUAGCUUCUGCACAACAAUUGAGGUCAGGGGUUCUGUUGUCCUUUGCAUCUGGCUGCCCUAGUCCAAUAGGAAGGCAAGCUAGAGGUUUUGGGAAAUGAACUGGUGAUUCAAAGCCAGUCGAAACAAAUCCAUAGCUUCUAGUAGGUCUCAUGAAGAAGAAAGGGUGAAUUCUUUAUAUAUUCAUUCGUUUCAUUCCAUUUCUAUUCUGCUCUUCCACCCAUAGGAGCCCAGGUUGCAGCACAAUUCAAAAUAAAAUCAAUAAAAACAUACACAAUGUGCCAAGAGUGAUUUAGUACAGGCUGGCUGAUGUGAACAACUUUCAAGGCUGUUGGGAUGGAAAAGUCCCUUGGUUGGGAUGGGUAAGAGUCAUUACUAUACAGCAGCCUUCCUCAACCUGGUGCCCUCCCAGUGCUUAGGACUAUAACUCCCAUCCUCCCUGAUCAUUAGCUGUAUUGGUAGGGGCUAAUGGAACUUGUAGUCCAAAACAUCUGGAGGACACUAGGUUGGGGAAGGCUGCUAUACAUGAUUAAUUUUGUGUAGUCCAAUUUUCCUGUGAUAGUAUAUCGGGAGAGAAAUGAUGAGACCUGCUAAAGAGGUCUGUAGCUUAUGCAUAAGGGGUCAAACAUCCAGGCAGCAAGAUGUAUGGGGCAGUUAUUGUGGAUUUGGUAGCCAACAGUAUAAUUAGGAACAGUGGAGCAACAGAUACUAUACAAGCAGGUGUUGGUUGGAACUGAGCUCUUUUCAGAUAAACGCAAGGGUGUAGUCAUCUAGCCUUAAUUUCAUCACUUGUUAGUGAAAAUAAGCGGCAUCCUGGCCAGACUCCUUGGAUACGACAAAAUGAAGGACAACGUUCUGGUCCCUUUAGUUGUUCUAUAGCAGAGGGGUUUUAGGAAGGCACAGCUUAUGUUGCAGUGGCACAAGUAUGAGAAAACCAGCUCAGUUUCCUCUUCUACACAAUUCUUAAAAGGUAUGGGAACUGUUCAGUUGUAUCCAAAGUUGGUCAAACUCGGAGUAGGCCUAUUGAAAUUAAGGGCAGGAAUUCAGCGUAGCAGGAAUUCCGUCAGUGCAAGCGUUUCAGCUUGCCAGGCAAAACAACCCCCCUUCUCCUCCCCCUGCACUCUGUUUUGGUGUGUGCACUCCUAUCGAACCCUGAGCCAAUUUGCAGGCUGUAGGGAGGAAGCAGGAGAGAAACCCUGUUGUGCUAGCAGGACUUGUUAACCAUCUGGCCAAAGAGCCUAAGUUAGUCAUGUGCAUUGAUUUCAAUGUGUCUGCUUUGAGCUUGACAAAGCUGGAGACAACCCAUUUCAUUGUGUUGCUAGGCAUUGCUGCUUGCUCGGUUGGUUUUCAUGUCCAUCUAAGCCCCCUGCCAAGGGGAGAAGCAGAGCUAGAAAAGAUAGUGUCGAACAGGGCAAACUGAAUGGCAUGGCUGGAGAAUUCUUGAUAUAUGGGCUAGACUUAGGGUGGAAGAUUCUUACUCUUCAUAGCACUUGAAUGAUCACUAUGCAAGCUGUUUGUGUUGAGGGAACAGGAAAAGCUGGUUGUCUGCAAUAGGUUUCUGUAUUAAUAGUGACUCAGUAUUGCAGCAGAAAUUACCUAGGAAGACUUUUCGCCUUAUGGAAAUGGUUCACCCAGAAGCUUUGGUAUUAGAACCCUCUGCUUUUGCAAGAAAAAUAUGCUUCCAAUUUUAGUUGAAAGAGUGUUACAAAAUCAUAUUUUGUUUUGCAGCUGCAGUAGAUAUAUGGUGAAGAAUGUGUUUGGUUUGGUAUCUUGAAACUAACAGUUCUUCCAACUGCUCCUUAAUGCAAGCGACAGGAGGAUACCAGCUUUGUGAUUCAAAUCUGUUACUGUAUCUUAAAAGUCCCAUUCAUUAAAGAGAUAACUUUUAAACUGAUGUAGGGGGAAGGGUUUGUAUGUUUGUAAUAUUCUAAUAAUUUUAGAAUAUUGUUGUGUUUUAAGUUACUUAUCAUUCAAAUUUUUCUUGGUUGUUGUUUAUGGUCUCCUGAAGACCACUGGACAUUUACUGUGAAAUACCUAUGCUUUGUUUGCUCACUUUUUAUGGAACAUUUGCAUGACAUCAUAAACAAAACAUCCUCAUCUCACGUUUUUAACCCAUGAUAUAGAAUGCACAGUUUCUCUGAGUGUAGAUGGCCAAUUGCACUUGGAAUCUAUGCUGUUUAGCCUUUCUUUUUCCAAACAGAAUUAUCUUAUAUCUGUUUUUCGUGUCUCUUCCCACAACCCUCCAAUUGCAACGGUGUCAUGAUUUAGAGUGCAGUGAGAGGGGGGAGAUAGUAAUGAGCUGUGUGGCAGGUGGGGAGAAGAAGCAUUUUAACCAUUUCCUUAGACAGUGGUCCAAUGAAAAUUACCCUCUUACCAACAUUUGGGACUGAGGGAUAAAUAGGGAGGAGGGGUGGAACUGGUUUCUUGGCUACAGAAAGUUAUCUGGAUGCCAGACGUCUGAAAGCAGCAUUGCUAUUCCACUUCCUGCUUAAAUACUAAUGAUGAUUGAGUGCUGCUAAAUUGUCCACAUCUGCAAGAACCUCACAUCUGUGCUACGUAGUUUAGAAUCUGACAUGCUAAUGUCAGGGAUUGAUUUUAUCCCUGGAAGGCUGUUGAUUUCACAGAAUCUGUUGCAUCAAUUUCAGUGGGUUUUGUUUUGGGGGUACAAAAUUCCACCCUUGGCUGCUGUAUCCAGAAAACAAAACAGUCCUUGUAUCUACCAACAAUCUAAUUUCAAUACUGCAUGUUGUUCCACCCAAUAUACUGUUGCUCUUAAAAGUUUUUUUUCCUUUCUUGCAGCCAUCCAACAGUCUCUGUCAAACAGGGAUGGCUAACCUCUUUUGAAUCAAGGGCCAUAUUGGCCCAAGAUCAGCCCUCUGGGGGCCACAUUCCAAAGUGGAGACAGAUAAAAUGUAAAAGUGUGAGGCACAUUUUGGGGUUUCAGGGAGUUGCCUUUUGAUAUCACAGCAUGGUAUCCAUGGAGCUGGUCAGUAGAAUUUUAAAUUACUAGGGAACCCAUGAGUCCUUCAAUGCUGUUCCUAUUGCUGUCUCUAGGGAAAGACUAUUCUGUCAGUUUCCAUUUCUCUAGUUCCUUAUCUUUCUUGUCUUAAAUUAAUAUCUCUACAUUUCUGCAUUAGUUUGUAGUUUUGCUUUAAAUGUCCUCGGGGAAAUUCAUCAGCAUUUUUGUGCAAACUGUGUACUUUGUGCAAAUAUACACAUUUUUGUAUGCAAUUUUGCCUGAUACACAGUUUGCAAACAGUUUCUCCUAUUUUUAAAUCAAAUUAAUAUUUUAUUUAUUAAUUUUUUAUACAGCCAUUCAUCUGAAGAUCACAGGGUGGAUUACAAUAAAAGAACACAAAAAUACAUGACAUAGUAACAAAACAAAUAAACCAGUACCCUCCCCAGUUUGAAAUGCCAUAGAUAGUUUACUUAUUUGUUUUUUAUUGGUUUUCAUUAUCAAAAAAGCAAAUAUUGUUGCCUAGAAAUACAAAUUUGGUCACAUACAACAACUGAGUAAAAGAACAAUAAUAAAAUAAAAUGUAAAAUAAAAUUGAAAACAAACUUUGAAUUGUUGGAGAAAACCAGAGCAGUAACAAUUACAACAUGAUACAUGAUACGAUGUUUAAACUGGGGGAUACAGGUAAAUAAUAGUUUAAACCAUCAAUAUUUUGGAUUUACAAAUAUUUCAUUUUUCAUCCCUUUGUUACUAGUUGUGUAUACCUUAAUAAAAACUUUUUUAAAAUCAUAAGGAAUGGAGUGGGGGAGAAAGAUGUGGAGGUUGGGAAUAAAAUAAUUUAGACAUGCCAGUAUUAUACACUGUAGUAGGCACUGCUAACAGUUUUCCCUAAUGCAUUUUGUAUGUUAUUUCCUGCAAUAUAUGCAUUUAUGCACUCUUCUUUUUUAAAAUAUAUACAUUAUUUAGUUGGAGACCUGGUCCCAAAAUUCAGAGCAAGAUAGUUCAGUUUUGGUUUGCAUAUUGUGUUCAAAAGUGCAAAUUAAGUAGGUUUGCACUAAAAUCUGAACCAUCCCUGAACCCACAUCCCUUGCUACCUCUGUCACUUUGGAUAGAAAGGCAGGAAAUGUACACACCAUUUUCCUCAUUUUAUUGAGCCGCACAGUACCACCAAAUAUUGUGGGUGGGGAAGCCAGGAAGGGAGGUCAAACUAGCUAUACAACUACACCCUUUUCUACAUUUUCUGCAGUGAUUAAAAGCUUUUGUGGCUGCCCUGGGUGGGUUAUUCCAGCCUGACUGCGUGCUUGGUGUAAAAAUAAUUCUUUCUCAGACUUCACUUUUGGCCUGACUUCCUGGAUCUUUGUCUACUACUCCCUCAAAACUCCCAUCAUCAUAUUUCCUGCCUUUUUGACAAAUGUGUAUACUUUUGGCACCCCUUUUUGCUCUGGGAUGCCCACAAAGGAUGAAUACACAUCUUCUGGUUUUCUAAGUCCCUCAAAUCAGGAGGGAGAGUGGACAAGCAAGCUAACUCUGCACCCACCUCCCCUUGCUACCUGGUCACCAUGCCCACCUCUCUCCAGUAGCUACAGGGAUGACUUUUGAAAGCAGGGAGGCUUCUCUUUUCAUGUAGGCUCCCCCCGCCCCAUGCAGAACCCUGGAGAAUGUUGAAGGAUUUUGAAUGUCUGGGUAGGAUUACUGCCUUCUGACAAAGUCAAAUUAGCUCAUGAAUUUAUGCAGUACAGAGUGGUUCAGUUCAAACAUCACAGUAAACCAUGGUUUAUUGUGAUGGAAACAAGCGUAACCUCCUGCUCCCCCAGACUCAGACACUCUUCUCUCUCUCCCCCCCCCCGCCCUCCAGUGUUGCUGCAAGAAGGUGGUCGAGCAUUUUCACUUCCUUUUUUUCAUUUUCAGCUUAUGUCAUCUGAACCUGACAAAUAGUAUUUAAACUUAGCUUGUUUGGGGGUUGAGCAUAACAGAAAUGGCACAAACUGAAAUUGGAAGUUGGAAGCAAACGCUUCUUAAUUCCUCCUCUCCACAUUUGCAAGUCCAGUGAAGGCUAGGCUCAUUACUAACAUGAUAAAAAUGUGGUAUCUGGGCACAGCCAGUGUCUCAAACAUCAGUUUCAAUGUUAUAACAAUACAUUAGAACAAGUGUGUCAUUUGGUGUGGGUUUUAACUUACUGUGAGUAGUGUAGCCGCCUUAAACCUGACAUCCUCUAGAUGUUUUGAACUCUAGUUGCUUUCAGUCUGAGCUGUCAUGUACUGGCUGAGACCGAUGGGAGUUGUAGUCAAAAACAUCUGGAAGAUAUCAGGUUGGAGAAGGCUGAAACAGCAUGACGUAAAGGGUAUAACUGCACCAGAAUUUCUGCUGUGAUGGACAAUGCUCUGAACAUAUUCCAGAAUUUGGAGGAUUCCUGCAGUUUGAGCUCCCUGGAGGAAGAAUAUUCUUGUUUCACAUUUGCAUUGCCCCACCAUGAUCAGUGUGACAGUGUGUUGCACACUGUAGCACAUGAGUAGGCAAACUAAGGCCUGGGGGCCAGAUGCGGCCCAAUCUCCUUCUACAUCUGGCCUGUGGACAGUCCGGAAAUCAGUGUGUUUUUACAUGAGUGGAAUGUGUCCUUUUAUUUAAAAUGCAUCUCUGGGUUAUUUGUGGGGCAUAGGAAUUCGUUCAUAUAUAUUUUUCAAAAUAUAAUCCGGCCCCCCACAAGGUCUGAGGGACAGUGGACUGGCCCCCUUCUGAAAAAGUUUGCUGACCCCUGACACCCUGGAUUAAAAGACCUCCCUCAGAAGGCAUUUUUUUGUUCCAGUUUUACUGCAGUGAGGUGUUACUUGACUCAAUUAAUGUAACAAGGCCAUUUUUUAAAAAGUGGGCCAUGCAUUUAAGGUAGCCUUUUGACUAUGAGCUGAAAGGUUUUGGUUUCAAUCUAUUUUUUCAAUCUAGCAUUUGGAAAAAGAGGUGUUUGUUUGUGUGUUGGGGUGCAGGAAAGUCUGGCAACGGAAGGUUCCAAGGAAUAAACAGAUUCUCUUGCCCACCCCAGAAAGAGAGGGUAAAAGAAGGAUGGAGAUAGGUUCAAGCCUUUGCUUCUAUCUUAAGGUCUACUCUUAGGAUACAGGUACUUUGGUGGGCACAGACUGGCAUGUUGGAAGUGAACAACUGAGAAUCAAGUAUGGACUUAUAUUUUGUGCUGUAAAGGUGUUCCAUCAAUCUCUCCAGCAUGCUUGAUCCGUAAUAAAUUCAUUUUUGGUUUCUUGAACUGAAUAUGAAGUGUUGCAUGGUUGCUACUUGGUACACCAAGGUAAACCUUUGCUCCUAAGGAGAUGGAAUUACCCAUCCUUUCCCCCCUUCUUAUUCCUCCACCACACCUACUAGGCUUGGGUUUUGUGAACUGCCAUGGUUCUCCAGGGAAUAAAUGCAAAGAUAAAAGCCUGAACUUGGUUUGCUUAGCGUUUGAAGCAGCUACAUUUCCUGGUUCUCAGGAGAGAAGUGGGAGCUUGUUCAUGCUGCUUUAGGGAAUGGUGGAGCCAUUCGUGACUUGGGGUUAUGAGAAGGGUGUGCCUCCUUCGCUAUGUGCUGUCAUGGAAGGUUUCUGCCUCCUGCUUUGCACACAGGACUUGAUUCAUCAACAGCACAGGGAAUAUCUGCCAUCACGCAGGAACAGUCUCCUGCCCUUGAACUAUAGCAAUACGUAUCUGCUUUCACCCCUCUCUUCCCACAAUCUGCGACAAGCAGGGACAAUUAAGGCACUGAAAUCCCAUUGACUUCCAUGAAAUAUGUGUGGUAGGGUGGAUGGAGAUCAAGGGCUGUGUUCAAGGUCACAUGAGUACCAUACAAUAUAUUCCUUUCAGUGUUUCAUUUCCUUCUGGUUUCUCUGUCCAAAAUUUCCCACUCCCCAUGAAAUGUGUAUAUACCUGAAGCUCAGGAAAGUGAUUCAUAUAUCUGACAAAGGGGACAGUAGUUCGUGAAAGCUCAUGCUAUAAUAAAUGUGGCAGUCUUUUAAGGUGCCACAAUGUUUUGUUUGUUUUUCUGCAAAAGGCUAACAUGGCUGACCCCUCUAGAAAGGCAGUUCUCGCCUUUUGGGGCUCAGGCUCUGUUUCGGAAGCUUGCCACACCCACAAACCUAAUGAAAUGUUUUUAGCACCAUCUAGCAAUGCAAUACAAAAAAUAUUGGCCUAUUCUGGUAAUACAACAGGCUCCAUAUCACAGCACCAGAGUUAACCAUUGAGUACAUACUUGGACAGGAUAUGGUUAUAUCACUCCCUGUCAGUUUUCCCUUUAAAAACUUCCUACAAUUCUUUCAUCUUCAUCACAAGGUCUUGGUCCCAGGCUGCCUGCUCCUUUGGUGCUCUCGAGAGGAUUUCCUUCAGAAACUUGAUGCUACUGGGUGCAAAACUGUGUCUGGAACUGUCAAAGCCGCUACCUGGUCUGCGGUCUAGAACUUCAAACACAGAACGCCUGUGUGCCAGUCCUGCCACCAGCCUAGCCAAAGCAGCGCCUGUUUGUUUUGUUAAAGUGCCACUCCCCAGUGGACAUAGCAUGUGCCAAGUUACAACUGAGUGUGGAUUGUUAGCUAAUAUCCAAACAUAUAUAUAUAUACACACAGAGGAUGUGAGCAAGAGCUAAAAAUGAAAGACUGGCAGGAUAGGAAAGUAGCCACCCCUGUGUUGAGCUGGAAGGCUCAAACCCCAUGAACAAUGAUGUAUGGGUGUGUUUCUGCAAAAAGUAAUUGCUGCAUUCACAAUGAUAAGAGGGAGGUGAGGAGUUGGCUUGCUACUCACAUUGCCUUCGGUUUUUGCUACUCCUCACUUGCUCUUUGUGCACAGCAGUGGGAAAAAGGGUUUCCUCUAUCAUUGUAGCUGGAGUCAGACAUUGCAUUCUGAACCCUCAAGAAGAUUGUGGUUGGGGAACCAAGAGCAUGCCAUAGACACUCACAAUCUUGCCUCCUUCUUCUGCAGAGAUUCUACAGGUGUGCAGUGGGUUUGUGUGACUGACAGAUCAAGCUUGUAACUGGAUGAAAUCAGUGGCGUAGCGUGGGGGGUGCAGGGGGGGCCGGCUGCACCGGGCGCAACAUCUGGGGGGGGGCGCGCCCGCACUCGCAGCUCUCUGCCCCUCCCUGGCUCACUCACUCUCUCUCACUGCAGUGCUGGCUGUGUGAAUCCGAUCCGAGCCGCUGGGUCGCCGCCCACUGUGGAGGGGGUGGGUGCCAGGCGUGCGGUGCGGAGAGAGAGAGCGAGGGACUAUCUGGGGGAGGGACAGUGCAGCGGCCACCCAGCGCAGCGCUGAGCGCGGGAGAGAACCACACCAGACCAGCCCAGGCAGCAGCAAGAAGCAGCUGGCAGCGGCGGCAGGUUAGGGGUUAGGGGGCGCAAAUUACUUGCCUUGCCCCGGGUUAGGGGGCGCAAAUUACUUGCCUUGCUGUGGUGACAACCCACGCUACGCCGCUGGAUGAAAUGUUUUAACCAAAUCUCUAGUUCCAGUGAUUUGGGGAAGAAAUGUUGAAACAAAUAUACAGCCUUGGUCAUGUGCUUCUUACUAUUAUGCAAGUUCUGUUUCUAUUUUUUUUUUUUUAAAUAAUUUUUAUUAAAGUUUUAAACAAAGAAAAAAGAAAAAACAACACACACAAAAAGACAAUACAAAUUUAACAAUAAAAACACAAAACAUAACAAUUAAAAACAAACUCUCUUUUCCAUUCCCAAUUUUAAAUUACUUAUUUUCUGGACUUCCUCAUACCUCCCUCUUUUGUAUUCCAAUCUACAUUAUUUGUCCAGCAGUUUCUUUUCCACUUUUUUAAACCCAAUCUUUAAUUUAAUAAAAUAUUAAAAUAUAUAGCUUCAACUUUUUUUAAACAUAAUCCUUGUUCUUAGUGUCAUAUACCUUUAAAUUUUUCCCUUUUAUUAUCAAAUUUCCAUUUCUUUAAACAUCUUUAAUCUUGAUCUUUAAUCUUAAUCUAUCCUUAACUUUAACCUGUACAACUGGAAACCACUUAUUUUCAAUCCAACAUCACUCUAACAUUCCUUAAUUUUGCAGUGUUUCUGAAGAUAGUCUUUGAAUUUCUUCCAGUCUUCCUCCAUCGACUCUUCUCCCUGGUCACGGAUUCUGCCAGUCAUUUCCGCCAAUUCCAUAUAGUCCAUAAGUUUCAUCUGCCAUUCCUCCAGCGUGGGAAGUUCUUGUGUCUUCCAAUACUUUGCGAUGAGUAUUCUUGCUGCUGUUGUUGCAUACAUAAAGAAAGUUCUAUCCCUUUUUAACACCAUUUGGCCCACUAUGCCCAGGAGAAAGGCCUCUGGUUUCUUGGGGAAGGUAUACUUAAAUACCUUUUUUAAUUCAUUAUAUAUCAUUUCCCAGAAAGCCUUAAUCUUUGGGCACGUCCACCAAAGGUGAAAAAAUGUACCUUCAGUUUCUUUACAUUUCCAACAUUUGUUAUCGGGCAAGUGAUAGAUUUUCGCAAGCUUGACUGGGGUUAUGUACCACCUGUAUAUCAUUUUCAUAAUAUUCUCUCUUAAGGCAUUACAUGCCGUAAAUUUCAUACCAGUGGUCCAUAACUGUUCCCAGUCAGCAAACAUAAUGUUAUGUCCUACGUCCUGUGCCCAUUUAAUCAUAGCCGAUUUUACCGUUUCAUCUUGAGUAUUCCAUUUCAGCAGCAAGUUAUACAUUCUUGACAGAUUCUUAGUAUUGGGUUCUAACAAUUCUGUUUCUAAUUUUGAUUUUUCCACCUGGAAGCCAAUUUUCCUGUCUAAUUUAAAUGCCUCCAUUAUUUGAUAAUAAUGAAGCCAGUCUCGCACUUUGUUUUUAGUUUUCAAAACUCUGCAAUUUCAGUCUAUCUCCGUCUUGUUCCAAAAUUUCCCAAUAUUUCGGCCAUUUGACCUCCAUAUUGACCCUUUUCAAGGCUUUCGCUUCCAUUGGUGACAGCCACCUUGGGGUUUUAUUUUCUAGCAAAUCCUUAUAUCUUAUCCAAACAUUAAAUAGCGCUUUCCUGACAAUGUGGUUUUUAAAUGCUUUGUGUGCUUUGACCUUAUCAUACCAUAAAUAUGCAUGCCAUCCAAAUACAUUAUUGAAACCUUCCAAAUCCAAAAUGUCAGUGUUUUCAAGAAGUAGCCAUUCUUUCAACCAGCAAAAAGCUGCUGAUUCAUAAUAGAGUUUGAGGUCUGGCAGGGCAAAUCCACCUCUUUCCUUUGCAUCUGUUAGUAUUUUAAAUUUUAUUCUAGGUUUCUUGCCCUGCCAGACAAAUUUAGAAAUAUCUUUCUGCCACCUCUUGAAACAGUCCAUUUUGUCCACAAUCUGCAAAGUUUGAAACAAAAACAACAUUCUAGGCAAUACAUUCAUUUUUAUCGCAGCAAUACGGCCUAGCAGUGAAAGCUUCAAGUUUGACCAAGUUUCUAACUCUUUUUUCACUUCUGACCAACAUUUUUCAUAAUUAUCUUUAAAUAAAUUCCCAUUUUUUGCUGUCAUGUUAAUCCCCAGGUAUUUAACUUUCUUAACCACUACAAGUUCUGUUUCUAAGGAGCAGGAAGAUUAUUUAAAGAGUUCUGAUAGAGCAGUUGGAGCAUAAAUCCAUCCAGCCCUUCCCUUUGACGCUCUCUUUAAGAUCAUAUGGCUCCCCCUCCCCAUUUAUUUCCUAUAAUUUAAUCUUGUUGGUUUUUUUAGUGUUUGUUGCUUGUUCUUAGAGUCAUUGGAGUUCCACUCCAUCCCUUCUUUCUUAUAAUGUUUUUGAUCUGAGAAUUCAGUGUGGUCUAUUUUAUUUAGUCCUGGUGUCUGGACUGUGCUAAGAGAUGCAAACUGAACUUCAGUUACCUUGUAGCUACAGUCUCUAUUAGAAGCUUUACAUAUAAUUUCAGGAAUCAGAUAACAAAUUAGGGAUGACAACCAAAAGCUGAGUUCAUUCAUGUCCACAAGGCAUCUCUGCCAAUGGCAAACUCUUAGCAGUUGCAUCAUAGUUAAUAAUAGGUGAAGCGAAACUUGAAAGCCAGAUUGUAUGUAUGCAUGUAUAUAUGUUUUAAUUAAUGCAUAUAGAGUUAAUUAGCAUGGUGAAGUGACUACCACUAAAAGAGAACACUUACCUCCCUUCCAUUCAUCGGAGCCAUUAUUUUUAAUCUACAAAAAUAACUAUAGUAUAUCAGAUACUAUAAAGUAGUGAGAGGUGUGACUACUUAAAUGUUGUAUAUUAAAUAUUACAUAAAGCUUGGGAAGCUUAGUAUUGCUUGAAAAGCAUUAGGCAGAGGAAUUUACUGACCUGUCUACAUUUGUUAAAUAACUAGCAAUACGCCCCCGAAAUGGAGGGAACAUGUAUGGUAUAGGAAUCUUCUGUACUUCUCACUCUCAUUUUAUUGCGUUUCCACAUCUCACAGCAAGCCUCUUUUUGCUUCAAAUUUUCAUUUUUAAAACAACAACACACACAAUAACAACAAAAACACAGCAUCCACACUGAGCCUUCUUUAGGUCUCUUUCUUUCACCCUUAUUUACAGGGGUUUCUUGCUUGGCGUAUAUUUUGCCUUAUAAAUGUUCUGUUUGUCCUUUCCUUUCCUAAUGUGAGUAUUGCAGCGCAGAUAGCUUCCUGACUCUACUGAGCAAAACCUGGGCUCCAGCAGACAUGUGUAACUUAGAUUUGAGGUGCUGUUAAUCUGCAUACACAAUAUACAGCUAAAGUACAGUAUAUUCAAAGCACAUUUUCCCCCUUAAAGAAUUAUGGGGCUGUAGUUAGUUAAGAGUUGCUGGGAAUUGUAACUUGGUGAGGGGUGAACCACAGUGCCCAUAAUUCUUUAAGAUCCCAAACCUUUUAGUUGGUAAUGUGCAAUACACAACACCCACCUUCCAGGUAACCCAGAAGUUUCUAAUGAUACAAAUAGGUUUGGGAAGAGAGAUGGGAUUGGUCUGCUGCUGUUUAUGUUCCCAGGCAAAACACUUCCUGCAGGAAAGUGGCCCCCUUUCUUUUAAAUGAAAGAUCAUAAUCCCCCCCUCACCAUUGCCAUUACAGUCGUACCUUGGUUGUUGAACGCCCUGGAACUCAGACAUUUUGGCUCCUGAACAAUCGAAACCCAGAAAUGACUGUUCCAGUUUUUUAAUGUUCUUUCGGAAGCCGAGCAUCCGACGGGGCUUCUGCGGCUUUUGAUUGGCUGCAGGAGCUUCCUGCAGCCAAUCAGAAGCCACAUUUUGGAAGUCGAACAGACUUCCAGAACGGAUUCUGUUCAACUUCCAAGGUACGACUGUACCACUAACCCUUUCAUCUGUCACAACUUCACUGCUUGUGCCCUUCAUUGUGGGAUGCUGAAGAGGUUCAAGAGGGAAAAUGGACAGGAGCUCAAAUAAACAGACUUAUGAACAUGGAACAUUAGAAGGAUACUUUAUAUGUGGGAAACAAGCAAAUAAUAAUAAUGAUGAUAAUAAUUUUAUUACUUAUACCCCGCCCAUCUGACCAGGCCUCCCCAGCCACUCGGGGCAGCUUCCAACAGGAUAUUAAGAACACAAUAAAACAUCAAACAUUAAAAACUUCUCUAAACAGGGCUACUUUCAUGUCUUCUAAAUCAUAUUAUGAUUCUGUUGCUGCAAUACUGAAUGGCAUUAAGAAAACUGAGGCUUCAAUCCCGAGUACACUUAUUAUGGGAUUAGCCCAAAUGCAGGGGACAUUUGGCUCUUCACAUGUUGCUGAACGACAACUGCCAUCAUUCCUGUCCGUUCGCCAUGCUUGUUGGGGCUGGGAUUAAUAGUUCAGCAAAACUGAGAAGGGCAAAGUUUUCCCAUGCCUGCAUUUAACUGCACUUACACUCCACUCAGGCAGAAUAAAUUAACUCUGCAUUGUCCCCUAAAGUGCAACUCCACCUCCAGAUUUUCUCUCUCUUCCCCUGCCCUAGGAGAAGCACUGCUUCAGAGCUUUGUUAUCUGCUGCAGAGCUGUUAAUAAAGCAAUUAAUGUCUUAUAUAGAGCUUUAAUCAAUAAUCAAGGCUCAGCAGGACUAAUUUCUGAUGAAAUACUUAGGACUGUGCUACACGGCUGCUGUCGUCAUGUUUGAUUUGCUGGUAUUAAGACGUAUUUACAUGCAGCAGUACAUUUCAGAUCUGCAGGAUUAUCACAUAGGAUAUCUGUGUAGGAAUUUCAUUGUGAAUGAGACAAAUGAGUAUGAAUGGUGAGUGGGCACACAGAUGCAAUGACAUAAAUGCAGUAUAUUCUUAAAAUUGCUUCUGUAAUAGGGGAUUUGAGGUGCAUGUGGCAAUAGUGGUGAAGAGGAAAAAAAGCAGGACAUAUGGCCAGAGAAAUUGCACCAAGAAGGCUUGCAGCUUUUCAUCCUAUUCCUUUCUCCCACCUUGCAAACUUUGAGCUCUGCCUGCAUCCAAAAUGCAUAUCAUUUCCUAAAGUUCUUUGCUGUGUUCCUUGCGAUAGGUUUGUAUAUGUCAAAAGAAGCGAAAGAUUUCACUAGUCACAGUUCCAGAGGGAGGUAACGAAAAGCUCCACAGCCAAACCUUGAACAGCUUUGGGCAAGAAGAAAACAUUAUGAAAUCUUUUCCAAACUGCUGCUGCGUUAUUCCCAGGCAGGCUGAGGAAAGUGAAGUUGUUUCUUUUCUUUUUCAAACCAAAAGUAAAUGACUCAUGUUGCACACCAUUUCAAUAUGGCAUUUCUUCUUCUACAGAGUCUUUUUCAUUCCUGAAAAUGACAGUCAGCUUUUAUACGAAGCCCAUUUGUUUACUUUUGCUCAGACUUCCAAAAAUAUCUGCAAGUAUGGACGACCUCCUUCUUUGGUCUGCUCAACUGAGAAACAGAGUGUGAGAAACCCUAAUCCCUCUUCUUUUGGAACAAUUUUCCUCCAGCAGAUUUCUAGAUACUGCCUAUUUUUAUCUCUUCUUCUGGUUUAUUUAUACACUCAUUCAUGCUGAGUGACUAGCGGGUAUUUUUGUUCCAUCAAUCGUUCACAUUUUUUCCCCUUUGGCUACUAGUAUGAAUGUUUUUGAUGCUGAAAACUAUUCAGUUUCUGAAAACCCUGUUUAUUUCUGUUGGGUUUUAUUGACAUAGGCCUAGUUCACAUGUCACAUUAACCAUAGUUUAAAACAUGGGUAGGCAAACCAAGGCCGGGGGCUGGAUCUGGCCCAAUCGCCUUCUAAAUCCAGCCUGGGGACGGUCCGAGAAUCAGCAUGUUUUUACAUGAGUAGAAUGUGUGCUUUUAUUUAAAAUGCAUCUCUGGAUUAUUUGUGGGACACAGGAAUUCAUUCUUUUUUUCUUUUUCAAAAUAAAGUCCGGCCCCCCACAAGGUCUGAGGGACAGUGGACCAGCCCCCUGCUAAAAAAGUUUGAUGACCCCUGGUUUAAAACAAUCUAUGGUUUUAUGUGUAUGCUGCUCAAAAGCUUUUGUGGUACUUUUCCUCCACUCCUGAUGCAUGGCAGAUGACAGAGGCGGAGCUAGCUGCUCCGGCACCCAGAGUGUGUACACUGGGGGGGUGGCUAGCUGCCCACGGUAAGCGUCCAUGGGGGGCAUCGCGGCAAUGUCACCCCUCCCUCACAGAUGACACCCGAGGGGGGCUGCAUCCACCCCCCUUUCUCCGCCAGUGGCAGAUGAAACCAGGCACAGCCUUGCAUGUCAUGUUCCCUGGUUCGCCCCAACUCAUGAAUUGUUUCCAAACAAAUCACAAGCAGUAGCUAUGUUUUGUGCAUAUUAUUUGUUUGGGGAGGUAAAUUUACCCAGGCAUGCUCGGGUAAAUUUUUUAUUUGUUUGUUUGUUUUAAACUCACAUUUUGACCAAAAAAAUGUGGCUGUGCUCUUGGUUUGGGAUUUGUUGUUGUUGUUUAGUCGUUUAGUCGUGUCCGACUCUUCGUGACCCCAUGGACCAGAGCACGCCAGACACUCCUGUCUUCCACUGCCUCCCGCAGUUUGGUCAGACUCAUGUUUGUAGCUUCCAGAACACUGUCCAACCAUCUCAUCCUCUGUCGUCCCCUUCUUCUUGUGCCCUCAAUCUUUCCCAACAUUAGGGUCUUUUCCAGGGAGUCUUCUCUUCUCAUGAGGUGGCCAAAGUAUUGGAGCCUCAGCUUCACGAUCUGUCCUUCCAGUGAGGGUCAGAUGCAGUUUACAGUGGUGCCCCGCAAGACGAAUGCCUCGCAAGAUGAAAAACUCGCUAGACGAAAAGAUUUUGCGUUUUUUGAGUCGUUCUGCAAGACGAAUUUCCCUAUGGGCUUGCUUCGCAAGACGAAACGUCUUGCGAGUUUGUUUCCUUUUUCUUAAAGCCGCUAAGCCGCUAAUAGCCGUGCUUUGCAAGACGAAAAACCACAAGACGAAGAGACUCGCAGAACGGAUUAAUUUCGUCUUGCGAGGCACCACUGUACAAUGCCUGAUAAUGGGAACAGGGUGCUUGCUGGAUAUGUCCCAAAUAUGUGACCUCUCAAUCCCUGCCCAUCAUAACUAGUGAAAUCAAGCAGGGUUAGGGGGGAUUGGCAGGGGUUCCAGGGAGUGGUGAAUGCUUUCUUACAAGAGGGGGUGCUGCCUGCCACCUUAAGGAGGUGGUAGUGUGUCUACUCCUGAGAAAACCAGCCCUGGGCCCAACGGAGUGCAAUAGCAAUAUUUUAGGACCCACCCUAUUUUUUGUGAUUGCAUGUUUAAAUUAUUUUUGGAGGCAAUUGUAGGUUUUUAAGCUUGCAUUUUAAAUUGUUGUAACUCACCCUGAUACCUUGCGGUGAAAUUAAAGGAAUAAAUUAAAACAAUACUACUCCUACUCCGGGACGCGGGUGGCGCUGUGGGUUAAACCACAGAGCCUAGGACUUGCCGAUCAGAAGGUUGGCGGUUUGAAUCCCCGUGACGGGGUGAGCUCCCGUUGCUCGGACUGCCAACCUAGCAGUUUGAAAGCACGUCAAAGUGCAAGUAGAUAAAUAGGUACCGCUCCGGCGGGAAGGUAAACGGCGUUUCCGUGCGCUGCUCUGGUUCGCCAGAAGUGGCUUAGUCAUGCUGGCCACAUGACCCAGAAGCUGCACGCCGGCUCCAUCGGCCAGUAAAGCGAGAUGAGCGCCGCAACACCAGAGUCGGCCACGACUGGACCUAAUGGUCAGGGGUCCCUUUACAUUUACCUUACUCCUACUCCAACUUAUAAUAACUAUUGCUCAGUCGUAAAUGCUCCCUUUUUGAGGAAGGUGGUAGAGUGGAUCAUAGUGGAACAACUACAGACAUUCCUGGAUGAGACUGAUUAUCUGGAUCCAUCCCAGUUUGGGUUUAGGCCCGGAUUUGGUACCCAAUCAGCUGGAUGACCUUUAUAGAGAAAAGGGCUUGUUGCCUUCACGUCCUUGCACUUGACUGACUAGUGUUGCAAAUAGGGUGCUUGUCUAGAAAGAUCCUUGGUCUGAUCCAAAAGUGCAACUGAUAAUGAUUUAUUUCUGGUUUCCAAGUACUGUAGUUAGUGGUUCUAGAGAGAAAGCUCACCGAUAGCAUGACGAGGUCCUGAGAGGGCAUUCAAUCUGAAAUAGUUGUUUAUCUUAUUUUUCUCUUCAUAUGGAUACCGAUAUAAUGCCUUCCUUUUUGCUAAACCUUUUGUCUAGCAUUAUCAGCCAUAUUCUGACCUACAUAUUAGAUUUAGUUGAACAUGGGGGUGUUGGCUGCAGGUAUCCGGUGUCUCUUAACUAAUCAGGCUGCAUUAUUUUUAGCGUCAUGUUUGUCUUCUGCUGAAUGUCUGCAAUGUGAAAAAUUUAUGUUCAAGAACAAGGUGUGCUGGCUUCAAGUUUUGCAGCAGGGUCCACCCUUCUUUUCCUGUCUGACGUCCAGGUUCCUGUUUGUUGGCCCAGGCUCCAUAAAUGCUCUUGGCCUGCCGCUGAAUUAUGAAUACCACUCUUCUUACAGAUUAGUGAACUUUUGUAUUCCUCUGUUCCUCACGAAGGAGAAAAAAAAGUCUGUGGUUUUCAGCUGAUGUAUUUCAUUCCUGGAGUUGCAGCAUUACCAUGUCUGUCUUUCAGUGGACCUAUUGUUUUAGGCGGGGCAGAAAGCAGGAGCCUAGACUCAGGUGUCAGGAUUGGGAAAGCUGAACUUCCUGGGCUAUUUCCUUAAUUGUCAUUGUAGCUGGAGUGAGGUAUUACAGAGGGGUGGGGAACCUGUGGCCCUCCAAAUGUUGUUGGAUUUCAAUGCCUAUUAGGCCCAGCCAGCAUGGACAGUAUUUAGGGAUGUUGGGAGUUGUAGUCCAACAACAUUUGGGUGGACAUGGGGUCCCCACCCCUGGAAUACAGGUUAGAUCCAUGUGGUACCAGUUAAGCUGGUAAAUUAAUAUGCUGCUUCCCAUUUUAAAUGGCUAUCCAAGCACUUCCCUCCUGCUCUGAAUUAACUCUGAGAAAUGUUAGGAACUGGAAACCAAACAGAGGGAGCUUUGUUAUCCUCUUAAAUUGAAAAGACAGUGUCAUGUGUUAUCUAAUGGCUAAAGUGUCCAGUGACAGCCUUGUAUUAUUAGGCUUCUGCUACUCUCACAUUCUUAUCUAAAGCAUCAAACAUGUAGGAAAGCCUCAGCGGAGCUGAGAGUUUCUCUGCAAAAGCCUUCUCCACCAGCAAAGGAUGAAACCAGAAGUAACACACUCUGCUUCUGCUGCAUCAUUGAAUCAGUUGUUGAUUUCGGAGCAGCGCCUGUAUGCAUGUUGCUCAAAUUCUUCUUUCCCAGUCAAAGAGUAGCAUUGGAUUGACAUGUGAGGUAGAUUUUGUAUGUUUGUGUGGAAGUUGCCUUCCAUGGGGUAGUUUUCUUUUAAUGAGUGGUCAUGGAAGAAACUGAAUAGGUGAGGGGCUGUUCUGUUCUAUGGACUUUAACCAUAGUUCCAGUUUUGUUUUGUUUUUUUAAUACUGUUUUUAUUUAUUGUCAUGGUAUAGAAGAUAAAUUUUGAGAAAACAAUUGUUACAACAGUAAACAACAAGUAACUUAUACUUGUCCUGAUAAAAUGGUACAAAAUAAUGUGCAAGUUUCCGAGUUCUCCAGAACUUUACAUCAGUUAAGGUGUGUACAUUGGAGACUACCACUGCACAUGCAGAGAUGACAGCUUAUUGAAUAGGAGUUUGGGGGGUUGGGAAUGGUUGAAGGCACAGGGAAAGCAAAGAAGUGAAGAUGUCUUUUGUCUGUCUUGAAUCUCCCUACGUUCAGCUUCAUUGAAUGUCCCCGAGCUGAAGCAUUUUGAGAGGGAGGAAUAUUUAACUCUAUCCAUUUUCUUCACCACAUGCAUAAUUUUGUACAGCUCUAUCAUGUCUCCUCUUACUCCUUUUCUCUAAAGUAUAAAGUGCCAAAUGUUGGAAGUAUAACUACAGGUGAAGAUGGUAAGAGAGGGAUCCGAAUUAUCAUAUACUCAUCAGGUUACUCAGUGUACUUUAGAUUUGAAGCAUUCACACUCACCUUCUGAAACAUGAAGAAACUGAUCACACCCAUAAAGCAGACAAUGAGAGAUUCCAGGAGGCUGAGGUGACUUGAGCAAAAGGAAACGAAAGGGAACUCAGUGCUGGCUCUUUAUGAUGCAGCAAACUGGAAGGCUUGAACCACCUAAACAAACUGGCAUUCAAAUACAAUGAGCUUGGUGUGGGAGAUGAACUCAGUGCCAGCAACAGUGACAGAUCCUAGAUUACUCCUUGUCCCACUGCCUACACCCCCCUCACCUUGCCUAUAUGUCAUAAAUUUGGGUAACUAUGGUGGUGGGAAGCAUUAGUUACAUAAACACACACACACACACAUUUCGGGGUAGCGUUAGCAGUAUUAAUAGUAUAAUAUUAAAAUGGCUAGAUGUUGCUUUAUACUGGUUGAAAAAAGCAUAGCCUCCAAAUAUAUCAACAUGCCAAUCCUGUGAAAAUGCAUUAAGUUUGGUCCAACACUGGCCCAGUUCGCAAGUAAUGCUAGAAUAAAUUAUGACUUAGCACAAAUAAGCCAACGCGUGGACUCCUGGAGAGAUUGCAGCUGCUUUGUUUCUCCCUGGUCAUCAUGUUGCUGCUCUGUACUAAGCUAUGGUUUGGUUUAGCACAUCAUCUGAAAAUAGUGUGUCAUAUGGUUUAUGGCUCAUUGUUUCUCUGUGAGAGCUUACAUGUGAGCCUGGUUCAAGUAACAUGAUUUCCAUGCAGUGCAGCAGCAAAAAGUCUAUGGGGAUCAGCCACAACCUCCGCUUUGAAAGCCCACAUGUUUACUCACUUGUGCUAAGCCAUAUUUUGCAUGCAGAUGAGGGCACUGCAUGUCUAAUAAUAAUAAUAAUAAUGAUCUCAUUUUGAAGAGCCAGCAUGGCACAGCGAUUAGGUAAGCUGAAACCCCAGUUGUUGAAUCCUAAUAAAUUCAUAUUAUUUCCUUGUUAUGUAUUUGGAAAUUGCUACUCAAAAAUUUCCAUGGUUUUGGCUAGCUCUCAGCCUGUUUUCCUCCCACGGAGUUGCUGUGAGGCACAACAAACACCUCUUUGGGAGAAAUGAUUUAACAAAAGAUGGGGAGGGAGGGAGAAAUGAGGAGAAAAUUCAGAUCAUUUGAUCAGUUGAUUCAAAUCAACUGACACUACCAUUUUCUUAGCACUAACCUGGAACAGGGCUGUCUGUGUGUGUGUGUAUCCCCACUUGCCUCUUGGGUAUAUAUGUUUAGCUGUUCUAUAGACUGUCAUGCUUGCUAUCCUAAGCCUUAAAGCUUUCUUGAAAUUAGUGAGAGGUACUUUAUUUAUUAUUUCCAAAUAAUGUGAUAGUAAUAGCAAGACAAACAUUCAUUUUUUUACAAACUAUUGUUCCUAUGAUGGUUUUGCAGACUAUACGAUGGGAUAAACAUUUUGCAAAUAGCAAGAAAGGAGGCUGUACCUCUUUACUGGAGCCAAUAUCUGUUCCUUUGUGUAAUAUAUCUGUGGUAUUGCUUUGUUUUGUAACCUGGUUACCUUUAGAAAAUAUGCAUCUGCUCAAGUUAGAAAUCUUAUUUGAUCUUUCUAGCUUUAAAUAUGUAUUUUCCUAGUGUGUUUCCCCCCCUAGUCUAUUUUCUCCAAUCUAAAUUCAUUAACAAGCUUCUAACAAUAGCAUGGCAUUGUCUCACAUGUGUCAGGUAGUUUAACAUCUGGUUCUAGCAUAAAUUAUAGAGUGGGCCUCUGUGUCCUUUUUUGGUCUACUUAGGCCGGAGAGGCUUGAAGGUGGGUAUGACAGUCACUCAAAUCCUUUUCACCCUGCUGCAUACAUUAAUUUCUUUUGUACCACUGUCAUCUCUGGUCAAACAGAUUUUGCAGCGAUAUGAAAUGGGAAUAAACCCAUAGGCAGAGAAGAUAGCAGGAGGACUAUGGGCAGCGCUGCAUUUAUCAUAUUGGGAGAAAUUCGACAUCACACUCUUGUGAUUUCAGCUUGCCAGACAGAAUAAUCGCCACUUUGCCAAUCCCAAUAUUGCAGGGCAUGUGCAGGGAGAGGAGGGAGGAAGACCCCUUACACAAGUAGAAUUCAUUGCACAGAAUUGCACUUAUGGGACUCAUUAGGUGAAUCCUGCCCACUAUGUUUAUGACACCUCAGAAAUAACCAUUGUUUCGUCUGUACCGUAAUUUAGCCUCCUACUCAUUCAUUGUUGGUUUCUCUGAAGUCAAUUCAAGUCUUGGGACUGAUGUGAGGUGUAUCAGAAUGAAUGUAUUUCCUUUAAAUAAAUUUGUUACUAUGUAUUUAUAGAUGGCAUUGUUGGGUUAAAUGUCUGCCACUAAAAAUAUUUGCUUAAAAUGUAACUUUAAAAAUAGUAGCCUGUAAUUUGGUGUUGCUAAGCUCCUUUGUGUUUUUCUUCUUCUUCAAAGACACCAAUCAGCUUUAGUUUCACUAUCACCAUUUAUACUAAUAAUAAUAUUUUUGAGAAAGUCCACUUUAAUUCCAUAGAGGCCAGUUUCAAAAUUAUUGUAAACAAAGCAAUAUCACCUCCAGACUGUCAGUAUUUUGUAGUACAGUGGAUGCUUGGGUUGCGAACGUGAUCCAUGCGGGAGGCACGUUCGCAAUGUGCAGCGCCACGUCUGUACACACGUGAGUCGCAAUUCAUGCGCAAAGUGCAAUUUAGUGCUUCUGCGCAUGCGCAAGCGCCAAAACCCGGAAGUAACCCGUUCCGGUACUUCCAUGUUCGGUGUGGUGCACAACCUGAAAACAUGCAACCUAAAGCAUCUGUAACCUGAGGUAUGACUGUAUUAUUAUUAUUAUUAUUAUUAUUAUUAUUAUUAAUUUAUUAUUUAUACCCUGCCCAUCUGGCUGGGUUUCCCCAGCCACUCUGGGUGGCUUCCAACAAAGAUUAAAAAUACAUUAAAAUGUCACACAUUAAAAACUUCCCUAAACAGGAGGGAUUCAAACACAUACCAGGAAAUAUAUGUGUGGACUAAGCACCAGAGCAACAAAUCCAAUUUCAAAAAGAAACUUUAAUUUUUUGUGGUUAGGAAGGUGAUGUGGAAAUGCAUUCAGAAGUGUGGAAGGAAGGAAUGAUUAACAGGAAGAUGUAUAAACACCCAGCAAACAAACCAGUGUGAAUGGAAAAUAAAUAAGCCAUAACAAUGAGUUCAAAGAUCACAUGCUUUUGAAUAAUAAAAUAUCAUUCUACAAAACAACUGGAACAGCUGUACUAGAAAGAGGAAGAAGAUGUGUACCAAUAUCCUGCCAUUGCCAUGCAUGAUUCAUAUUGGACACUGUUGUAGCAAGCAAAAAGCCUUUGAAAACUUGACUUCCAUUGUGCCCAACUUGUUUACACUGAGGGAAAGCUUCAUCAAAAUUGCACCAUUAACUGGGCAGCCAUAGCUAAUAUGCAUACACUGUCUAUAAUUAAAAUCCGUGUGCCAUUUCCAUCAACAAUUUGCGGUGUGACAAACUGUGCUGCCUGCACUCUGUAAAAUUACGAUUAUGGAAUUCUUGCCCUCAGAGCUGAAAUACCUGGGCUAGUCAUGUCAUUGGAUCACUGUGAUAUAUGGCCGUAAAGCAGGAACAAAGGAAGUUGCUUUAUACUGAGUGAGAUCAUUGCUCCAUCUAGCUCAAUACUGCCUUCACUAACUGGCAGCAGCUCUCCAGGAUUCCAGACAGAGGUCUGUCCUAGCCCUACAACAAUAGGCUGGAGACUGAACCUGAGACCUUUUGCAUGUAAAGUGUCUGCUCUAUCGCUGAGCUGCAGUCCUGCCUUCUUCCAAUAAUGAUAAAUGAAAAACAUACUACAUUUGAACAUGAACUCUUUUUCUUAACCACCUUUUUACCUCUAACAAAGUUGCUAUCACUUAUUAAGAAUAUUUCUAUAACUGAGGCUGCAAUACAGUGUGGGAGAGGGAGACGUUCCAGAAGCAGAAAUUAGUAGAGUGUGGCUUCCGUUUGGGAGGACAGAUAACUAGAAACUCAUGACAACUUUCUAAAAUUUGAUUUCUGUACACACAUACAAGUAGACAAUAUAUUCAGUGCUAGUUUUCCUAGAAAAAGAGGUACCGGAACUCACCAUUAACUUCUCCAUUGUUCUCUUAGAAUGGCAAUGGAGCCCACCUGAGAGGUGCCAGAGCUGAGCUCUGGGGAGCUCCAGCUGGGAAAAAAGCCCUGAAUAUAUUACUCCCCUAUAGCAAAUCUGCUGCUCCUCAUGAGAUUCUCAAGACAGAGCGCACUGAUAAAGAUACAUUUUCACUUCAGUGCUCAUUCUCUCUCUCUCUUUCAUCAAGCAAAUAAGUAAACGAAAUGUAAAUGCUGUAGUUCCUCAGUCUCAACUAAACCAUGCCUAUCUGUUACAGGUGAAUGCCCUGAAAGCAGUAUGA